AUGUCGAAAGUGUGUCUGCGUGUGGCUGAGGCCAUUCCUAGGAUACGCAAGGUCAAAUGUGAUGAAGGCUAUCCGGCGUGCCGUCGGUGUCUUUCCACUGGUCGCACCUGUGAUGGAUAUGGCAUCUGGGGCGGCGGAAGCUCCAACAGGCCUAGGAAACCUUCGACCGUCACUGUGAACUCUGCGCUUAUCCCCCAGCCAAUGUCGGGUUUCCACCUGGCCACGAGCACGAGCAAUGAAGAGGGCCACUAUCUUCAAUGGUUCAUGGAACGCACUGGGCCGAAAAUGUCAGGUUCAUUCUUUUCAGAAUUCUGGAGCGGCUUUGUCCUACAGGCAAGUAUGAGCGAGCCCGCAGUGCUGCAUGCCAUCCUUGCUCUGAGUUCGGUCCACCGGCAAGGCAUCUUGAACGAUGACGGUCUCAACACAUGGGACGAGGAAAGGAUGACUGUGACCCGCUAUAGUAAGGCAAUCCAUCAUCUGCAAACUCAUUUCAAGGCGAAGGACCGGACUGCCUUUCGAAUAGCUCUCACUGUCUGCGUGUUAUUCAUUGCGCUAGAGCUGCUUCGAGGCCAUUUCGAAUCGGCGCGAAUCCAUCUCCAGCAGGGCUUGAACCUCCUCGAAGGGUCAGGUCUGUUGAAAAGAACAGGUCACCUCCUUGUAGGAUCAAGUCAAGAGUAUGUUGAUGACUGGAUUGUGCAAGCUUUGUCGAGGUUGCACAUUCAACUCGAGCUGCUGAAGCAAGUCCACCGUGGUUCGUUUUUACGGCUCCAGAUCCCUUUCUUGGAAUGUCAAUCGGUCACAUUUCCCUCCGUAAAAGAGGCAUGGUCCUGGCUUCAUCACCUGAUGGGGACAGUCUUUCGUUUGAACGGAGAAGUGCGUGAACGACUCUGUCCAGAGGCCAAUCCCCCAGCGGAGCUGCUCCAGCGUCAGCGAUCCAUUCAUGAGAAUCUUGCCCAGUGGCUAAACACAUACGAUACCACGAUCCAGGUCAUGCAGGGCCGUAUGCCCAAAGAUCAAAUCCAAAUCUACGGGCUACUUCGCACAUACCACAUUAUGAUAACUAUCAUGGCGGCGACCUGUCUUUAUCCUGGCGAUGAGAUGGUCUUCGACCUGCACACCGACCAAUUUCUGGAAAUGAUCACCAUGUUGGCGCAUCUCUGGAGAUUCCUCUCGAUGUAUUCCGCCUUUGGCUCUCGACCGGCGCAAUUCUUCAUGUCGCGGUCGAUUGGGGACAUGGGCUGGAUUGCUCCACUAUACUAUACAGCCAUCAAAUGUCGCGUGCACCGGAUUCGACUCCACGCCAUCCGGCUUCUGGAAGCCAGCUUCCACAGGGAAGGCUUUUGGGAUUCCCGGAUCUUGGCGUUCGUGGCGCGAAAGGUGAUGGAGAUGGAGGAGGGCGACUUUUAUCAGCUUUUGGAUGCGGCGGAUGAUUUUGCGCUGCAUCGCCCUCCAGGGCGCGAAGAUAUGCUGUUUCCACCACUACCCGAAUCCUGCAGACUGUCUGAUGUUGAAGUGAGUCUGUUAGGUGACCCUGUGGGUACGAUUUCAAUUCUUUGUAAUCAGAGCGGCCACAGAACAGAUCGCAGAGUCUGUGUUGCAAGUUACGAGGCUGCAUUUUGA